CUCUCCUUCCAUACCGACUGGAUGUCAGUCACAUGACCAGGCAGGGCUGCUGGCGCUGCUGUUGUGCUUCUGUCAGUGAAAACUCGAACUGUCAACAACACAGCUACUGUCGGGCUCAUUUGUAGGCUAAGUGCAGAUUUUUUUUUAUCGCGUCCAAUAGUCAGUAGGCAUUUGUUUGCUUUUGUGCAGUUGGAAGUUUGUUAAUGUCGCGUUUUUGAACAGCGAGAGGGGAGAAACGAUUGCAAAAGAAGGCGAGAGCAGCUGCUAGCUUUCUCCUGCUAACGCCACAUCCUCUGUGUGGUAUAACGGCGCCCAAAGUUAGCCUAAAUAAUAAACAAUAAAGUAUCCUGGGAUUUUCUCAGGCAUUAUGGAGCUACUGUGGGGUAGGUUGCACACCCCAUGAGAUGUGGACCGAAGUGAGAACGUGCCACUUUGCACCCCCUCUGCAGCAGCACUGACACUUGUUGUCAUGGCCUCCAGCUACCCGCCCCCCUUUGAGGGCACAGGUGAAGUAAAGGAGGGUUUUCUUUGCCCACUGUGCCUAAAGGACCUCCAGUCAUUCUACCAACUCCAAGACCACUAUGAAGAGGAGCACUCUGGAGAUGACCGCCAUGUUCGGGGACAGCUAAAAAGUUUGGUUCAGAAAGCAAAGAAAGCCAAAGAUAAACUGCUGAAGAGAGAUGGGGACGACAGACCGGAUACUGGCAGUUAUGAGUCCUUCUACUAUGGUGGAGUGGACCCAUACAUGUGGGAGCCUCAGGAAUUGGGAGUAACCAGAAGUCAUCUGGACUUGUUUAAAAAGCACCGGGCAGCCAGGAUAGAUCAUUAUGUCAUUGAGGUCAACAAGCUCAUCAUUAGACUGGAAAAGCUGACAUCAUUUGACAGAGCCAACUCAGAUGCUGCUAAGAUCAGAGCCAUUGAGAAGUCUGUAGUGUCAUGGGUGAAUGAUUCAGACGUACCGUUUUGUCCCGACUGCGGAAACAAGUUCAACAUACGUAACAGACGCCAUCACUGUCGCCUCUGCGGGUCCAUCAUGUGUAGGAAGUGCAUGGAGUUUGUUCCCUUACCCCUGGCCCAGAAGCUUAUCGCUGGGACUCGAGAAGCACUGUGUGUACCCGGAAGUCCCAGUCAGUCCCAGUCUCCACCAGCGGGAGGUGGCAGCAGCGGGAUGGGCUCUAGGAGAGGCAGCAUCAGCAGUUUGAGCAGCGUAACCUCCAUGCUGGAGGAAAAGGAUGAUGAGAAGAUUCGCUGCUGUCACCACUGUAUGGACACACUUCUGAAGAGACAGCAGAAGUUAGAAGAGAAGGACCAUGUGCCAGAUAUAGUGAAACUUUAUGAGAGGCUGAGGAUGUGCAUGGAGAAGGUGGAUGAAAAGGCUCCAGAGUAUAUCCGAAUGGCUGAGUCUCUCAAUGCUGGAGAAACCACUUACAAUCUUGACACUGCUGGUGGGUUAAGACUGGAAGUCCAGAAAUACUAUGAACUCAUCGAUGCUCUGAGUAAGAAGAUCUUAACACUAGGACUGAAGGAUGAUCCACAACCACAUCCGAAGGUGCUCCAGCUACAGAAAAUGAUCCGCUAUACCGCCACGCUGUUUGUCCAGGAGAAGCUGUUAGGUCUGAUGUCUUUACCCACUAAGGACAAAUAUGAAGAGCUGAAAGAAAAGAGGAAACAGGAACAAGAGAAGAGACUGCAACAAGAAAGACUGGCAGCACAGGAGGCUCUGAAGAGGAGGCAGGAGAGACAGGAAAGAAGCCGUCCACCUGUGAAUGCCAAUGGAGAGCUGCCACAGGCCCCCAGAGAGCCACGAAUUACCAAAGCUGGUGGUUGGCUUCCCUCCGCGGACUCCGUCCACACACGUGGCGAACUGGAAGACCCCCUUCUGCAGCAGAUCGAGAACAUUCAGUCAUUCCUUCGUCAAGCUCGGGAGGCUCAGAGAACAGACGAAGUAGCCAUGUUAGAGGAGAACUUGCGCCAGCUUCAGGAUGAGUAUGACCAGCAGCAGACCAGUAUUGCUCUUGCGCUCUCAGAAAAACUUGCUCAAGAGGAGAGUUUGCAGCAGGGAGAGCUGCAUCGCUUGAAGACCUGGGAAAGGGAGGAGAAAGAGCAAUGGAGCUCCGCUGUAAACUCCUCCGAGCCAUCCUAUAAAUGGGAGCGGUCUCUAGAUAUCACUCCAACUGGAGGUCACCAGGGAGAGGAGGACACACCAGCAGAGGAGCUGACUCCUAAGGCAGAAAGAAGUCCUCCGUCUUUUAGAGCAUUCCCUGCUCUCACAAGCCAGGAGGAGUCUCCCCCAAGGUUGAGAAGCUUAGGAGGCCAUGUAACGCCUCCUGGCGGUGAAGGCCAGAAUAACACCUCCCUUAACCCCUUUGAAGAGGAUGAUUCCACACCCACCGAAGAUGAUCCAUCCAAUCCAUUCUUUGAGGACAUCAAGAAGGACCACAAAGAGGUAACCAACGGAAAGAAAGAAUACAACCCCUUUGAUGAAGAUGAAGAUGCAGAGGAGGACAAACCGGCUGAGACUGUUUCACGCAACCCCUUUGAGGAUGAUGACACAGAUGAAGGUAACCCAUUCCUAGAGGCUUCAGGAAAUUCUCCAGAAGUCUCGACUAACCCAUUUGACGGGGAUGACAAAGAUGAGGUCUUGCCGGAUGUGGACAUGAUAGAGGAGGAGCUGCUGCUACAGCAGAUAGACAACAUUAGGGCCUACAUCUUUGAUGCAAAGCUCAGCGGGCGUCUCGAUGAGGUUGACCUUCUGACACAGAACCUAAAAGAGCUACAGAAAACCCUCCAGGAGCAGAAGAAUAAGAAUAAGAAGCACUGACACAUUUCCCUCAAAAUCCUCCUGAUCACCUGCUACUUACCAAGUCCCACAAGGUUAGCUCACUUAAUGCGACUUCUGAGCCCACAGAAUUUAAUUUGUGCGAGGUCUGCUGUAUCACAAAUGAAGUUCAUGCCACAACAAAAAUACAUACAAGACUUCAGUAGUCAUUUCCUGAAUUUCCAAACAUCUUCUUAGGCUUCCUUGCCUGUUUAGGUCAAGGGCUCAAAUCUAAUGCACAUGUACAAUUUUAGAGCACUGUGAGUAAAAGUGAAUUUGUUUAGGCAUGUCUGCAGCUAUUUGCCCAGCUGUAAAAAUGCAAACAUGAACAAAUGAAGAUAAAACAAUGUCACUUUUAACAAAUGUUAAAUGAGACAGUCAGAUGGUUCUUCAGUAGAAGCUCUGAACAAAGUCAAAACGCUGCCAUGGCUGCAAAGCUAUAAAGAUGAGCUCACACAUCCUAUCAUAGCACUGCACUCCUAUGGCCCUGGCAGACCUGUGAUGACUCCCCCCCCC